AAGAAGCAGUCACACAAGAUUGCGGAGCAGGGCCGCCGUAACCGCAUGAAUGUGGCCAUCCAGGAGUUAUACACAUUGCUUCCCUUGGACUUUAUUCACCGUUACCAGCAAGACAAAACCGACAAAGGUGAGGUGAUCAUCCCCAGCAAGGCGACGACUGUUGAGGUGGCGUGCGAUUAUAUUCGCUGGUUGCGC